GUGUGAACCUUAACGUUGCCUCUCUGUGAACCAAUACGAAAUGUUUCAAUUAUGUGCGGAAAAGGAUAAAGACAGUUACUGUAACAAAUUAGGUAAACCAUCAUGAUCCCCAUCACAGAGCUCCGGUACUUUGCCGACACACAGCCGGCCUACCGCAUCCUGAAGCCAUGGUGGGACGUCUUCACAGACUACAUCUCCAUCGUCAUGCUCAUGAUUGCCGUGUUUGGGGGCACGCUACAGGUAACCCAGGACAAGAUGAUCUGCCUGCCCUGCAAGUGGGUGGUCAACAAAUCCUGCGAGUACCUCAAUAUGAGCUUCCGUGACCCCUUUGACACAGAGCCAAAAGGCAUCCAGUAUGAACUGGACCGGCACCAGUACAACUACAUUGACGCGGUCUGCUAUGAGAACAAGCUGCACUGGUUUGCCAAGUACUUCCCCUACCUGGUGCUACUGCACACCCUCAUCUUCCUGGCCUGCAGUAACUUCUGGUUCAAGUUCCCCCGGACUAGCUCCAAACUGGAGCACUUUGUGUCCAUCCUGCUCAAGUGUUUUGACUCACCAUGGACCACCAGGGCUCUGUCUGAGACUGUAGUGGAGGAGAGCGACCCCAAGCCCCUGGGGAAGAUGAACGGUACCAUGGACAAGAAGGCAUCGUGCAUCAGCGAGGACGUGGAGGCCAGCGUGCCCAUGCUCCAAAGGACCAAGUCCCUCAUCGAGCAGGGCAUUGUUGACCGCUCCGACACGGGUGUCCUGGACAAGAAGGAAGGCGAGCAGGCCAAAGCUCUUUUCGAGAAGGUCAAGAAGUUCCGGAUCCACGUCGAAGAAGGGGACAUUGUCUACCGGCUCUACAUCCGCCAGACCAUCAUCAAAGUCAUCAAGUUCAUCCUGAUCAUCUGCUACACGGCCUACUAUGUGCACUACAUCAAGUUCAGUGUGAUCUGCACGGUGGACAUUGAGAAGCUGACGGGCUAUAGGAUGUACCACUGUGCUCACCCCCUGGCUACACUCUUCAAGAUUCUGGCAUGUUUCUAUAUCAGCCUGGUGGGGAUUUACGGUCUCAUCUGCAUGUACACCCUCUGCUGGAUGCUCAGCCGCUCGCUUAAGCGCUACUCCUUUGAGUCAAUCCGCGAGGAGAGCAGAUACAGUGACAUACCAGACGUGAAAAACGACUUUGCCUUCAUGUUGCACAUGAUAGACCAGUAUGACCCGCUCUACUCCAAACGCUUUGCGGUCUUCCUGUCGGAGGUUAGCGAGAACAAACUGCGCCAGCUGAACCUCAACAAUGAGUGGACGCUGGACAAGCUGCGGCAACGCAUCACCAAGAACUCCCAGGAGAAACUGGAGCUGCACUUGUUCAUGCUUAACGGAAUCCCUGAAACAGUGUUUGACCUAAUAGAACUGGAGGUGCUCAAGCUGGAGCUCAUCCCUGAUGUCACCAUCCCCCCCAUCAUUGCCCAGCUAGUCAGCCUGAGAGAGAUGUGGCUCUACCACACACCGGCAAAAAUUGAGGCCCCAGCUUUGGCCUUUCUGAGGGAGAACCUCAAGUCCCUCCACAUCAAGUUCACUGACAUCAAGGAGAUCCCUCUAUGGAUCUACAGCCUGAAGAACCUGAGCGAGCUGCACCUCACAGGGAACCUGAGCGCAGAGAACAACCGCUACAUUGUCAUCGACGGGCUACGAGAGCUCAAGAGGCUCAAAGUGCUCCGUCUGAAGAGUAACCUGACCAAGCUGCCUCAGGUGGUGACAGACGUUGGGGUCCACCUCCAGAAGCUGUCAAUCAACAAUGAGGGCACCAAGCUGAUGGUGCUCAACAGCCUGAAGAAGAUGGUGAACCUGACAGAGCUGGAGCUGUUGCGCUGCGACCUGGAACGUAUCCCGCACUCCAUCUUCAGCCUGCACAACCUGCAGGAGAUUGACCUGAAGGACAACAACCUUAAGACCAUUGAGGAGAUCAUCAGCUUCCAGCACCUGCACCGUCUGGUAAACUUGAAGCUGUGGUACAAUCAGAUCGCCUAUAUCCCCAUCCAGAUCGGCACCUUGACGAACAUGGAGAGGCUCUACCUAAACCGCAACAAGAUCGAGAACAUCCCGGGCCAGCUGUUCUUCUGCCGCAAACUGCGCUUUCUGGACCUGAGUCACAACAACCUGACCAGUAUACAUGCCGACGUGGGCUUCCUCCAGAACCUGCAGUACUUUGCUGUGACAGCCAACAGGAUCGAGUCCCUCCCGCCGGAUCUGUUCCAGUGCAAGAAGCUGCGCACCCUUAACCUGGGCAACAACUGCCUGCAGACUCUGCCCUCGCGCUUCGGCGAGCUGACGGGCCUGACCCAGCUGGAGCUGCGGGGGAACCGUCUGGAGUGCCUGCCCGUGGAGCUGGGAGAAUGCAGGCUGCUGAAGAGGUGCGGCCUAGUGGUGGAGGAGGACCUCUUUAACACCCUGCCCCCCGAGGUCAAAGAGCAGCUGUGGAGGGCCGACAAAGAGCCGGUCUGA